UCACCGCGAGAGAAGUGGCGCGCGAUGGCGGCCUCGGUGCUGGCUGCGUGAGGGACCCGAGGAGGCGCUCGAUCGGCUCCGCGCUCCGCGGCGGCGAUGGGGAAGAGGGGCCGUGGCGCCGAGGCGGCGGGCGGCAAACGGAGGCCCGUGUUGCAGCUCGACAACAGCAUCAGGAAGGACAGGGAGGCGGCGGCGGCGGCAGCAGCUGGUGCUGCGGACUCGGCCACCGCUCUCUCUGUGGCGGAGCCCUCGGCGUCGCGUCUGGCGGGCGGCCUGGUGCUGCUGGGCGCGUACGCAGACAGCGACGACGACGAUGAGGAGGAGGAGGAGGACACGGGGCCACAGUCUCCUCCACUCGAGCGGCCCCGGGACCUCGACAGCAAAGUGGCCGACUUCCUUGCUGAAAUUGAUGCCAUUUCGGUGCCUGGCCCCACGGCUGAGGGCGAUGGUGCAGCAGACGGUGAGAGCGGCCUGGCCGGGGGCGCUGACGGAGACACAGUUGAGGCCUCCGCUACAGAGAGCAUCUCUGGGAAGGUCGUGGGAGUUUCCGCUGAGACCGCUGGCGCCUUGGCGAGAGACAGGGCGCAGCCGGGCGGCUGGCAUUACGACACGCACUACUCCACUGCUUCCACGGGGAUAGAGAUGGGCGAGUGGCAGGAGGUGUGGGAUGAGAACACGGGCUGCUACUACUACUGGCACCUGCAGACCAACCAGGUGACUUGGGAACUCCCGUCAGCACUGGCGCUGCAGAUACAGCACCUGCAGCAUCUCAACAAUGGACAUUUUCCUGGGGUGUCGGAGACGGGGGCGACCGAGGGGACAGAUGUGCCGGGCACUGUACACCCUGUGUCGUCCGUGGAGGAAAAGGCCCAAACCAAACCUAUCACGAGCACCAUCGUCAAACCCAGGGAGAUCAACGAGCGCGUGUGCGCGCUAACGAGCGAGGACGAGGGGCGCUCGGUGGGUGUCGCCGAGUCACUGCUCGCGUCGCUCAUCCCCGAGAGCGUGCGCCAGGCCGAGGCGCGCUGGCGCCAAACCCUUCACGGGCCUGGUUCUCCCAGCUCCCCGGCGUCCCUCUCCGCACCUCCAUCCCCCGCCGUACCGUCGCACCAGCCGGGCGGCGCCGCGGAGACAGAACCGUCAGCUGGUGGCCGGAGACGAACGGCCAGCGAUGCUAGCAGCGGUAGCCGCAAAAGCGGCGGCAGCAGCGGAGACGGCGUGAGCGACAAGGAGGACGAUGCUGACGACGGAAGGAACGAUGGAGGGGACGAUGAGGAGGAUUCGGAUCAGGAGUUGAAGCACAUCCUGGAAACGAAGAGGGCCGAGUUACGCGCUCUCGAGGACGGAGGAGGCAGCUCGCGAUCGUCCACCCCGAGACGUGACGACCCGGAGGACGUCGGCGCCAGCGCCGCCGCCACGGAGCCAAAACCCAAGUGGAAGACGUUUGUUCGGGCGGCGAGCCCUCCUCCUCCGCCGGCCCGCGCGGCCACAUCGCCCGAGCGAGAUGCCCACGACGCGGGGCUCGGCGAGGAGGAGGAGGAGGAAGCCGAAGCGGGGCACCUGGAGGAGGGGCCCAGCUCGGCCGCGGGGUCCGUAAAGGGGGAGAGAAGCCCUGAGGGAGUGCAGGGCGUGGACCCCGCUGGGGCCGUGGACACGGGCGACGAAGAGGAGGAGGACGAGGCGGGUGAUGUUGUACAAGAGGCUGAGGAUGGCGUGAUGGCAGGCAAGGUGGGCGCCGGGGAGGACGACGACGACGACGAGGAGGAGGAGAGGGAGAGCGAGACACCAGCGUCAUCACACACAGGCGUAGUGAGGAGCCACAGCAGGGCGCCUGGCCGCACGGAGGAAGCGAGGAGGAGGGGAGGGACAGGAGGUGGAGGAGGAGGUGGAGGCAGGGUGGAUCCAGAGGAUGACGACGACCAGGUGAAGCGGGGACAUCUUGACUCUUUACAGUUUGUCAUCGCUGAGCUGGCCAACGACUUGACAAGCAAGCUGGGCUUUCUGGGCAUCAGCACGCGAGCUGUCUCCAACUUCCAACUAUUGCUGCUCACCACACAGACCCGUCUGGCGGACUGGCGCGAGGGCUCCCUGGACAGCCGCUACCUGAAACGCCGCCUGCAGGAGGGGGCGGCGCAGCUCGCGCAAUACGAGUGCAACGCCACCCCUAAGGGCUGGGCAUGCACCUGGGACAGGACCCACGCUCGCUACUACUACACCAACGAGCGGACGGGCGCGUCGCAGUGGGAGUUCCCCGAUGUCACCGACGAGGGGGUGGGGGAGGAGAAUGAUGCGGGGCGAGGGGAGGGGCCGGUGGGAGGGGUCAGCGUGGAGACACCAGACUGGCUGACUCUGAACCGGCCCCUCAUGACAGAUGCGUUCGCGGCGCACGUGGAACAACCCAGCAUGUCGGCGUCUCUGCGCGACGUGCCUCUGCUGCCUCCGCCCGCCCUGGCCCCCUCCUCCUUGGCCUCGUACUCCAAACCGCUCGCUCCUCUGGCGGCGCUCCAGUACGCCCUGCCGGCGGCCAUGGUGCCCCCCUACCCGCUCGCGCACGCUCCCCCCGCGGGCCCGUGCCACCCGAGCGCACCCCCCCCCGUGGCCGCCCCUCCCUCGAGCGCCCCCCCUCCCCUCCCUCCGCCCCCUCCGCCCCCUCCUCCCCCGGCCGAGCCCUUGCCUCCGCCGCCCCCCGAGAGCCCCCCACCCCCCCCGCCACCCCCCGAGAGCCCCCCCCCACCCCCGCCUCCGCUGGAGGAUGACGACAUUGAGGAAGUGGACAUGCAGCUGGAGACCGGAGCCGGGGAGCCGCCCCCACCGGGCGUGGAGGAGCCGGCGCCCCCACUUCCACCCCCACUCAAGGCUGGCAAGGCCCCCCUACACACCCACGUUCUGAGUGCAGCUGUGUCCGAGGCCGACCCGGCCACGGGAAAGGACGAGGCUGUCCGGGCUGGUUCGCACUGUGAAGCGGAAAGUGCCAGCGGUGAUCUCGGCUCCACCGCAGAUUUGCAAACCCCCCACCACGAUCGGCAGCAAGGCCAUGCUGUACCCCCCCUCCGUGACCCAUUGGUUGCCAUGGUACCAGGAGCAUGGGGUCCAGGGGAGCCCCUGUCCAGCAUCGUGACGACCAUCCAGCCACCCUCUAUCACAAUGCCGACGCACUCCGCUCUGCCCAGCGGUCCCACCCUCGCCACCAAUGCAGUGGCGGACAAAGCCAAGAAAACUAAGAAGCUGAAGAAGGUGUCCGGGAAGGUGAAGGGGAAGAUGCCACCGCUGGUACAGAAGUGGAAGAGCAUCCAGCGCGAGCUGGAGGAGGAAGAACGCGGCAGCUCCAGCGACGACGGGGAGCCACAGGACCCCACCACGCGCAUCAUCAACUGGCGCCACGAGCAGAUGCUCACGGGCAAAUCGGAGAGGAAUGCCAACUUUGAGGCGCUGCCUGAGGACUGGCGCGAGCGGCUCAAGCGCCGGAAGAUGAACCCGCGCUAGCCACCGGCUUGGGGGGGUGAUUGGGCGCCGCGGGGACAGAGGAAAUGGCACAACCCGGGGGGGGCAACCUUGCGAAACUUGAAUUGGGUUUAUUCAUUUUUACGACCGUGUGCCGACACUGGUGGGUUUAGGUGGGGGGGGGGGUUAACGAACCGUCGUGGGUCUGGGCAGCGAGCCGGACGCUAUGCGAUUGGAGUUGACCUAUGGGGCAAUAGGGCAAUGGGGCUUCGUGUCACCCUGUGGCGAUGGCAUGUGGGUCAUGGGACUCGUGCACAUUUGUUUUACGAGACCAAGUUUUGCGCUGGGUAAAUAUUUCUCGUAUUCCUUAGAUGUCUGUCAGACCUCCGUGUAAGAGCCAAAACAUGUUUUUGUUUGACCGUUGUAUGUUUUUAAAUAAAGACAAUUGCAUUGA